CCCGGGACCCCGGCGAUGGACGACAUGUUCCCCCUGAUCUUCGCCUCUCCGGAGCCGACCCCCGCCCCGGGCCCGGCGGUGGAGAUCAUCGAGCAGCCCAAGCAGCGGGGGAUGCGCUUCCGCUACAAGUGCGAAGGCCGCUCGGCGGGCAGCAUCCCCGGAGAGAGGAGCACCGACACCACCAAGACCCACCCCACCAUCAAAAUCAACGGCUACGUGGGGCCGGGGAAAGUUCGCAUAUCCCUGGUGACCAAGGAGCCCCCACACCGGCCUCACCCCCACGAGCUGGUGGGGAAGGACUGUCGGGACGGCUUCUACGAGGCCGACCUCUGCCCCGACCGCAGCAUCCACAGCUUCCAGAACCUGGGCAUCCAGUGCGUGAAGAAGCGCGACCUGGAACAGGCCAUCACCCAGCGGAUGCAGACCAACAACAACCCCUUUAAUGUGCCAUUGGAGGAGCAGCGAGGAGACUACGACCUGAACGCCGUGCGGCUGUGCUUCCAGGUGACUGUGCAGGACUCGGCCGGCCGGCCCCUGGCCCUGCCUCCGGUCCUCUCCCAGCCCAUCUAUGACAACCGGGCCCCCAACACAGCGGAGCUGAAGAUCUGCCGUGUGAACCGGAACUCGGGGAGCUGCCUCGGGGGCGACGAGAUCUUCCUGCUGUGCGAUAAAGUGCAGAAAGAGGACAUCGAGGUGUGUUUCUCGGGGCAGGGCUGGGAGGCCCGAGGCUCCUUCUCGCAGGCCGAUGUGCACCGGCAAGUGGCUAUCGUGUUCCGGACGCCUCCCUACGCCGAGCCGGCCCUGCAGGCCCCGGUCCGGGUCCUCAUGCAGCUGCGGCGGCCCUCGGACCGUGAGCUCAGCGAGCCCAUGGAGUUCCAGUACCUGCCGGACCCAGAUGACCGCCACCGGAUUGAGGAGAAGCGCAAACGCACUUAUGACGCCUUUAAGAGCAUCGUCAAAAAGAGCCCUUUCAGUGCAGGGACGGCAGAUUCCCGCAGCCCUCGCCGCAUUGCCGUGCCCACCCGAGGCGUGCCCCUUUCCCACAAAACAGGUGGUCUCCCCGGCCUGCCUCCCCCCGCCGUCCAGCCUUACACCUACUCGGCCACGACCCCGUCCCUCAGCACCAUCAACAUGGAGGAGUUCUCUCCGCUGAGCUUCCCCCACGUGUCCGCCCCGGCCCCGGCCCCCGCCCCGCCGCCCCAGCACCCGCCUCCCGCCCCCGCCCCCCCUCAGCCCGGGGAAGGGGUGCUGGCGGAAGCCCUGCUCAGCCUGCAGUUUGACUCCGACGGCGACGGGGGCCUGGGGGGGCUGCUGGACGACCCCGACACGGUCUACACCAGCCUGGGGGCCAUCGACAACUCGGAGUUCCAGCAGCUGCUGAACCAGGGCCCGGCCGGGGCCGCCGGGACCGCCGCGGCCGCCCAGGGCCCCGCCGGGGAGCCCAUGCUGAUGGAGUACCCCGAGUCCAUCACCCGCCUCAUGGGGGCCCCCCAGCGCCCGCCCGACGGAGCCGUCCCCGCCGUCCCCGCCGUCCCCGCCGCCGCCCUCCCCAACGGGUACCUGGUUCCCGAGGAGGCCUUCCCUUCUCUGGUGGACAUGGACAUCACAGCCUUCCUCAAUCAGAUCAACUCCUAAGGCGGCGGGGGGGAAGGCCGGGCCGCAGGGCCACCCCUGCCCUGGUGGCCUCCCCCGCCCGCUCGGCCCCACCCCACGGGCCUGGGGACCGGCCCCAUUUUAUUCUCUUAAUUGCAGUAUAUAUAUAUAUGUAUAUCUCUGUUGUUUGGAGGUGCUUAAGCAUUAAUCCCUCAGGGGACCGGUGGACUCGGGGCGGGGGGGGCGGCAGACUCUCUCCCCAGAUCUCCGAUGGCCGCCGGCCCCCUCCCACCCGGCUGCGGCCACCUCUCUCCUCUUCCUCCUCGAGGUGGGAGGCGGGAGGCCGGGGGGAGGGGGAGGGAGAGAGGGAGGCCGAAGCAGCCACAGAGGAGGGAGCGAAGGUGGUUGCUUUCAGCGAGUUGGGGGCGGCUGCUUUGUGGCGGGGUGGGGGUGGGGGGCAGAAGUGUAAAUAGAAAGUUGUUUCUCGCUGUUCCCCAGGUUGGGGGGUGCCCAAAGACUGGGGAUUGGCCCUUUCCCGGAGGAGAGGGCAGAGCGGCACUAUCCCUCUGCCCUCCCUUGCCUCAAGUGCCUUAACCUGGGCCUGGAUCCCUGCUCUGUCCCAGUGACAAAGUGACCUGACUCCUCGGCUCUUUUUACUCUGAUCUAAUAAACACAUCUCCAAGCUG